UGGCCGAAGACGCGCGUCACAACUAGUGGUGAUCGACGAAGAGACGUUUCUUUACCUUUCGAUAGCGUGCGACCAAUUUCCUGUAAAUAUAUUGAAUUAGUAGAUGACACUUUUCGGUGAAGUGUUUCAAACGACUGAGUUAUUUAAAAAAAAGAAAGAUUGAUUACUGUUGAGAGAUUUUCCGAGAGAAGAAAUGCAGAUCAAGGAUAAACGCGUUAUAGUGACCGGAGCAGCGAGUGAUCUAGGUCUGGCAUUUAGCAGAGAACUGCUACGAAAUGGUGCUUCGAUGAUUAUUAUGAUCGAUAUCCAGCAGUCGUUUGGGGAACAAGCGGUGGAGACGCUAAACAAUGAAUUCGGUCGCAAACGUGCUGUAUUUCUACAUUGCGACGUGACAAAUAGCUCUGAACUUGAUGCUGCAUUUAAAGAGGCGAUCGGCGUUCUCGGUGGACUUGAGAUUUUAAUAAAUAAUGCAGGCGUAGUAAACGAAACCGACUUCUCCAAAGCUAUCGAUGUCAAUGUAACAGCAGUAAUUCGUGCAACUCUCUUGGGAAUUCAACAAAUGCGGAAGGAUUCCGGAGGCAAGGGCGGUGUCAUCGUAAAUGUCUCGUCUAUUGCCGGAUUACGAGCGCUAUCUGAGCUCCCGGUGUAUUCUGCUACGAAGCACGCCGUAGUUAGUUUCAGCCGUUCCUUUGCGCAACCUUACCACUAUGGAAGGACUAAUGUAAAAGUAAUCGUACUGUGCCCCGGUUUGACGGGCACAUUGGAAGACUUACCACAAGAUAUUUCGCAAACCGAAAUUAUGCAGAAUUAUCAACCUCAGAGGGUGGAAAACGUUGCUCAUGGAUUGAUAUAUGUGAUCCGAUGCGCGCAGAAUGGCAGUGUGUGGAUCAGCGAGGAUGGAAAACCAGUUUACGAGGUGCAACUUCCCGACACACUGCCGCAGAAGAAAAGCGAAGCUGAUACAAAAGAAUCAGCCUUUGACGCGAAGCCGAUUGAAAGUUACAUUUUUAGGACGUCUCUAAGACAACUAGGCCUGCGGUCGUUCCGCCGUCGUUCCUCAGCAUCCGAAAGGGCGAAGGAGAUCGAAGCGAUCAAUUGCAUUGUUUCCGGGAAGAAUAUUGUUAUUACCGGUGGUGCGGCAGGAUUGGGUUACGCUUUCCUCAACCACUUCUUAAAACACAUAGCAAACAAAAUAGUUAUAUUGGAUAUCGACGUUGAAGCCGGCAAACGGAUCGCGCUUGGCAUUGAGAAGUCUUAUGGCGAGAAGAAGGUGCAUUUUAUACACGCCGAUGUAUCCAAUCACAAACAAAUGUCUGAGGCGUUCGAGGAAGCGUCGUCGUUGUUAGGAAACAUUGACAUCGUGGUGAACAACGCUGGCAUUUUGGACGAGCGAAGAUGGGAAAAGGAAAUUGCGGUGAACAUCGGUGGUAUGAUCAACACCGCGAUGCUAGCUAUAAAAUACAUGAGUAGAGAUACGGGCGGUCACGGUGGUAUCCUAGUAAAUAUAAGCCAACACGCGGACAUACGGAACACGGCUCAGCUUCCUGUCUAUACCGCCACGAAGCACGCCGUCAUCGGUCUAUCCCAAUCUCUUUCGGACCCUAAUCACUACGAAAAGACCGGAGUUACUGUGAUAACUCUAUGUCCCGGAUUGACGGAAACCGCCCUGACAAUAGAUAGCCCUAAUAAGUUACUCUCCAGAGUCAUGAAGGCGGAUUUCGUCAAGAACCUUGAGCAGUUCUCGAUACAAACGCCUUAUAUAGUCGCGCAAGGGUUAAUGACAAUCCUGAGGAUCGGCGAAUCCGGCAGUAUUUGGGUCAUCGAGAGCGGCAGGGCGCCAUACGAAGUUUACGUGCCGAAUCCACAUACGCUACGUCGUUACUACAAGAACAACAUCGCGCACGUUGACACUAAGGUCGCGAGAGGUCGCACGAUAAGGGAAGUCUGCGACACUGCGAGAACAGGCCUGAUGAGUUGUGCCUGACCGUUGAUAAUUAGCGAAUGCCAGACCGUGAUCUUUCGGUCUAAUUAGCAUUCAAAAUUUUCUUGCGAAAUUCGCGCAGCGAGUGAAGAUCAAUCCCGCAGUCUUUGUGGGAGAAUCUCACAUGUGCGAACUGGUGCAUUAAUGCUGUCGGGUGCGUUAGCAUGUGCUAAAACAAUCGAAUUGUUCUAUUAAGCGUGUAGAUGCGAUAAGACACGUUUAUUAGAUAGUACAGAGAUAUUUAAUUACUAAAUUGGAAGCGUACCCAGCAACAAUAAUCCACAGAACGAUACGUCAUUAACUGUAAACGUAAAACUGUAAAAUUAUAAACAUAAAAGGAACGAGUUUUAAAUCGAAACGGAGUGUCGUAUCUGUGGUGUCGUGUCUACUUUACAAUCGAAGCUUUAUAAAUUGAAACUACAUAAAAUCCCUUCUCAUGAUUUCUCACAUCUUUUCCGAUUGUUUCGUAUUAACUCUAGGAUUGUGUCAGGAGUAUAUUCGCGGUUUUUCCCUUAUAUCCUACACGCACUCACUGGGAAAGAUCUUAAAUGAUAUUCCCAUUAUAACUUCUUUAGACCAAUAUUAUGCAUAAAUGUUCAACGUUCAUUUCUUCAAUAAACAAUAUCAGAUAUUUUUUAAAUAAAUAAUAUUAGUUUUAAGAAAAAAUUGACCUGUGAUAAAGAUUUCACACUCAAUAAACAUAGUUAAAAAAACAUUAAAACUCUUGUUGUGACGUAUCUUGAAAUUUUGCUAGGAUCUCAUAGAUUCAUUCGAGUACUUUAAAUAGAAUUAAUCUUUCGUAUAUGUGCAAAAUGACUGUGAGUAUCGCGCAGUAUAAGAAGAUUUAAGAGCCUUCGUUGGGUUUAAGUUAAACGAAUCAACGUUGACAUUUAUCGUUCAAUAAAUCAUUUUCGUGUCACUUGUCGAUUAGACAAAACAUACUGGAUGUAGCGCGCGGAUAUUUUUUGCAAACGACCUAAUCUCGUAGUAUGUAUAAUGCGCAACACAUUUCUGUAAAUAUUUCGGUAUCAUUGAACGUACGAUAGCCUUGUAACGUGCGUUAAUCGACUUCUAUUGAAGAACAUGACUUCUAUUGAAAUUACGUAAUUCUAUCAACCAAGUUUCUUUUCCCGGAAAUCGUACGAUACGCAUCUCUCGUAUCUCCGAUCACAUGUUUCCAACUCAAAAUCUUAAUAUUUAACACUUAAAUACAUACAUAUGCAUUAUUAUGGUGGUAUCAUCGUUAUUAAAGGAAACAUAGGAAAGGCAGUGUUAACGAGGAUUGAAUGUAAAAAAUACUGCAAAAAUUUUAAGCUACAAAAUUUAAUUAUAGAUCUGCAGUAACAUUCUCUUGAUAUUUCAACUUUGUCAAGAAAUGAGAGUUCUUUGUCACGUUUCAAGCAGUUCGAACGGAGAGAAACGUGUAGGAGAUUGGAAAUGACACGACGCGUUACUUCAUCAUUUCAGUAUUAUUUAGCAUCGGGGAUCUCACAAUAUCCGCUGUACAAAACAAAAAUUUAUUCUCGGAAAAUUGCGUACAUUAUUUAUUCUUCGCAUGCACAAUGCAUGUGUGUGUGAAACUUAAAAAUUAAAUUUCCUCACCACCAUAUUUCUUUCUUUAUUUGCUUACAUUGCUUUAGUCCUAUGAUUCUCCUUACUUUACUCUGUGUUUCCUUUAAUAGCCUAUGGAGGUUUGCUUAUCAGUUAUGUAAAUCUCGAGUUACGUAUGUCAUGUGUAGGUGUGUGUGUGUAUGUAUUUAUAUUUAUCUGUACGAGUCGGACUCCGUACGAGCCAUAGAAAAAUAAUAGUCGCAAAUAAUAUUCUUAUUCUGUUUCUUCCGCGUCUUAAUCUUUAAGGACAUUAUCGUGUGUUUUAGUCUUAUUCGCAUCGCCAUUUAACACAAUCUACGUACAGCGUCGUCGUGUAUCAAGGAUUCUUCGAAAGCAUGAAUAAUUAAACAAGAUCAUAUUAUAGUUAUAUGUUAUAACAAGAAAAAUACGCGGUUAUGUUUUUUCUGUUAUAUUUUGUACGUUUAACAUUCUAGGGAUAUUUUUUCAUGACUUUUAAAUUUACUUGAUCCAUAAACAAACUCAGUUUAUUGUUCGCUUAUACAGAGCAGUACUUUUUUUUUCCAAUUUGGAACAAUCGAGUAAAUGUUGAUAGAGAAAAUGGAUUAAUUACAAUUUCGCUAGAAUAUGUUCAUAUCAUUAUUAACUUUACAUAAAUAACAUUUUAGGGUGUGAAUGUGUCGCAAUUUUCUUUCGAACAAAGAAUACAUGUUAUAGCAGAGUUAUUGAAAUUAGUAAAAAAGAAAAAAAUAAACCGACAAAAUUGUAAUUAUAUAUGAUCACUAUGUGUCUUGCUAAUGAUAUAAUUUUAAUAGGCAUUAAUUAAAAAUAACUUAAUAAAUAAGCUAUUGUUUUUCAUCCUGUUCUCAUCAGUUGAGACGCGGCAUGUGAUACAUUGAAAGGCAAUCGAGGAAUCCUUAGUUGCGGAACACGAUGACAAUUAUG